AUUGAUAUUACCCUUUUUUUAUUGUAUAAGUACGUAGUUUUUUAAGUGAAUCAUUGUUUUGGUGUAAAUUUUCUUAAGAAAAAUAAAGAAAUUGUGUUCCUUGUUAUAUAACUAUUAAAAAUUUCUGUGAUAUUUAUAUUUAGUUUAAUAAUAAUUUAAUCAAAAUGUCGAAUCCUUGGAAGAAAUUAUCAGCACCGACAGAUGUUCAAAAUCUCUCUGAUAUAAUGUCAGAAGAAUAUGCCAAAGGCCUUCAGAUUAAAGAGGAAACAAUUUUUGCUCAACAAAUAGGCGUAAAACUUGAAUCUGAAAAGCCUGUAAGCUCUGAAUCGAAAGAUAUAUCGUCGGAAAUAUUUAAACAAAUUGAAGACGCAAACGUCAAGAAUUUUUGCGACUCUGACGCUAUUAUUGCAAAAGUGUUGCAAUCUCAAUUCGACAAAGAGUAUGACGAUGAAAUCAAAAGGGUGGAGAAGAAGCGUAACGGCGAAUCAAAGGUGUCUGUGUCGUAUGACAACUACCGCAAUGUUCCUGAGCAUUUAUUGUAUGAUUCUAAUUCAGAAGAGGAAGAUUAUGAGGUGGCAAAGAAACAGGAUUGGGAUCGCUUCGAAACCAACGAGAAAGAAUUCGCAAGUUUAUCUAAAAGAGGAUUUAUUAUGAAGGACGGCGAAAUGGUCACUAAACACGAUAGCGUUAUAAACGGUAGAAGGAAUGCAUGUCGCAUGAUGACGUUCCCACCGGAGGUGUGUACUGGAGAUGGUGCUGGAUUUGAUAUGAAAUUGUCCAAUCCUGUGUUCAAUCAUCUUAGAGAGCAUACAAAGCAACAUCAGUCUCGUAAGCACAAGAUGUUAGAUAGAAAAGAAAGUCAAGCUACAGCUGAAUUGGGUCUAGAUGAACCAACAAGACUCAUACUCUACAAGUUCGUCAAUAAUGGCCUCUUGGAAGACAUCAAUGGAGUGAUAUCCACGGGCAAAGAGUCAGUAGUGUUUCAUGCUAAUGGAGAUACAACAUAUCCGGAUUUGUCGAUCCCUAAGGAAUGUGCCAUCAAAGUAUUUAAAACAACUCUAAAUGAGUUCAAAACUAGAGAUAAGUAUAUUGAAGCCGAUUACAGAUUUAAGGAUAGAUUCUCUAAGCAGAACCCUCAUAAGAUUGUCCAUAUGUGGGCGGAGAAAGAGAUGUAUAACAUCAUGAGGAUGCAAAAGAUUGGUCUCAAUUGUCCAGAGAUGAUAUGCCUCAAAAAGCAUAUUCUAUUGAUGUCCUUCAUUGGUAAAGACAAUAAGCCAGCCCCGAAACUGAGAGAUGUUAUUCUAAAGCCUGAAAAGUGGCAAAGUGUGUACAAUGAAGUUGUUGAUGCCAUGCAUAAGAUGUACAAUGUGGGGCACAUGAUUCAUGCUGAUUUAUCGGAGUAUAACAUACUUUGGUGGGACAAUAAAUGUUGGUUCAUUGAUGUCUCACAAUCAGUGCAACCUGACCAUCCAGUUGGCUUGGAGUUUCUACUCAGGGACUGCCGGAAUAUUUGUAAUUUCUUUGAAAAAAAAGGUGUUACUGAUAUGAAGACGGCUGAAGAGCUUUUUAAAUCAAUCACAGGGUUUGAUGAAGUGGACGUUAAUUUACUUGAAGGUGUUCAUACAACAUUCAAUGCACUAUCUUCCAGAUUUGAAAUAGCACCUGAUGAUAACAGGAAUAUCAGUUAUCCAUUUGAGUACUGCUGGAAUAAGACCAAUGAGGGCAAGCAGGUCAAGAGUAAUAAAAAUGACAACGACGACGACGAAUUUGAGGAGAUGUGGACUCAUUCCCAGAAAGACGGGGUUGACACUGCUACCAAUUUUGGUAACAUAUUGACUGAUACUGUUACUGAUGCAAAUGUUUCAACAGUCGGAGAAACUGUAAAUGCUGUGGAUGAGAAAGUCAAUUUUGGUAAUGAAAUAGAGGUGACUGUGCCAAUUGAUGGAGGCAUAAGUAGUUGUAGUAAACAUAAAAAGUCUUAAAAAACAUGUUAUAAUUAAUUUGAGCUCAUCAAAAAGACGUGUCCAAUUACGACAAAAGAUAUGAAGAAAAUUAUAAUCUGAAUCAUAAAUUUUACAAUUUGAUUUUUUCUACUAAAUCAAUGAUAGUUUUUAAUAUUUAAGUGCAUUUUAGUAUAUAAAAAAAAAUUGAGGAAUCUUUACCUUUUAAUAAUUUACUUCUAUUGGUUAAUUACUUCAAAAUCUUAAAAAUGAAUCAACAUUCUAUUUUUGUAAUUGAUUAAAGUUAUGACACCAGAAAAAGAAAAAAACUACAGAUUUCUAAGAUAUUACAUAAUGGAAUAAGAAGUGUACCAAUGGUAUAUAGUGAUAUAAAAAAAUGUUGCAAUAUAUAUGAAGUUUGUGUUUUAUUACAAAACAAAAGAUGAGUAUAAGACUAAAUAAAACAUGUGCUUUAUUUAUUUUUAUAAUAAUUAUUUCACAAUAUUUGAUAUCAUAAUAAUUAUAUUGUUUGCUUAUUAUUUCUUUUAUCAGUUUCUUUAAUCACUCUAAUUACAAAAUUCAUAUCUAUA